GCGGCGCUUGCUCCCUGGCUGGCUCCUCUCUCUCCCUCUCAGUCGGCCGCUGCUGCCUGCCUGUCGCCGGGGCUGGGAGAGCCUGAGAGAGCGUGUGUGUGUUAUGUGAGUGACGCGGCGGAGGUGUAGUUUGACGCGGUGUGUUACGUGGGGGAGAGAAUAAAACUGCGGCGAGAGCCUAGGCGCGAACGAAAGCAGUGACGGAGCAGCCUGUAGCCGAUAACUAAAUGACCAUGGAAUCUGGUGCAGAGAACCAACAGAGUGGAGAUGCAGCUGUUACAGAGGCAGAAAAUCAACAGAUGACUGUUCAGGCACAACCACAAAUUGCAACAUUGGCCCAGGUAUCCAUGCCUGCAGCUCAUGCAACAUCUUCUGCUCCCACUGUGACCUUAGUGCAAUUGCCUAAUGGACAGACAGUUCAAGUCCAUGGUGUUAUUCAAGCUGCACAGCCAUCAGUUAUUCAGUCUCCACAAGUCCAGACAGUUCAGAUCUCCACUAUUGCAGAAAGUGAAGAUUCACAGGAAUCUGUGGACAGUGUCACCGACUCCCAGAAACGAAGGGAAAUUCUUUCUAGGCGACCUUCCUACAGGAAAAUAUUGAAUGAUUUGUCCUCAGAUGCCCCAGGAGUGCCAAGGAUUGAAGAAGAAAAAUCUGAAGAGGAAGCAACAGCACCUGCUAUUACUACUGUCACCGUGCCAACUCCAAUUUAUCAAACAAGCAGUGGGCAAUACAGGACUGGUGUUGCUGAUAUCCAUCAUCAAUAUGGCAAUGCUGUGCAUGCAGUUGCUAUCACCCAGGGAGGUGCAAUCCAGUUAGCAAACAAUGGCACGGAUGGAGUCCAGGGCCUGCAGACUCUAACUAUGACCAAUGCAGCUGCAACCCAGCCGGGUACCACCAUUUUACAGUAUGCACAGACUACUGAUGGACAACAAAUUCUGGUACCCAGCAACCAAGUAGUGGUACAAGCUGCUUCAGGAGAUGUUCAGACCUACCAAAUUCGCACAGCACCCACAAGCACCAUUGCACCUGGUGUCGUCAUGGCAUCUUCCCCAGCUCUUCCCACUCAACCAGCAGAAGAAGCAGCACGAAAAAGAGAAGUCCGUCUAAUGAAGAACAGGGAAGCAGCACGCGAGUGCCGCAGGAAGAAAAAAGAAUACGUUAAAUGUCUAGAAAACAGAGUAGCUGUCCUUGAAAACCAAAACAAGACAUUAAUUGAAGAAUUAAAAGCACUUAAGGACCUCUAUUGCCACAAAUCAGAUUAAUUUUAAUUCCCCAUUUUUUAUUUCUUAAUGGGGGAAAAGACUGGUUUGGUGAUAGCCAAACAGACAAAAUGAACUUUUUAUUUUCUAAGCAUUUUUUUCUUUUUUCUACAUACACAACUGUCGGAAAGCAACUAAGGAAUUUGAUUCAUCUGUGCUUGGCAUUAAACUGUGAAUGUUGCACAUCUGCCUUCACUUCUUCCCCUUCUGAAAUUGAUUUCAUCACAGUACACCCUGAUUCUGAAGAAAAAAGCAAACUUCCUCUUCAAGAAAUAAUAAUCUUCAUUUGUGAAGUUACAAGAAUUGGAGGUUUCUUACAAUAAUUUCAAGAGUCAGCAUAAUCUCAUCUGAAUGCCUUAGCGAGAGUAACCCUGGACUUUUGCCCUGAAAUACUCAAUGGGCCACAUAUAUGACCAAGGUAUGAUGUACUGAGGUGGCUGUGGUUGCCAGGUUAUUGCAUAAUUUCAAAUAUACGUUAGCAGUUGUACAGUUAACUUCUAUAUGGUGGGAUAAUGCCAAAGGAGGUGCAAUUCAGGUAUACUAUACCAUAGAGGAAUAGGAGUGAGCUGAAGAAAUUAAGGAAGAGGCAAGUGGGACAAUUAUGAACCCAAUCCAAUUUUUGUACAACAACAAAAAACCCACUUAUUUUCUAUAAUGUUUUAAUAAGCUUUAUGUAGCCAGACUUCAGAAUUCAAAUGACAACUAUCACUUUAUAUGGUUGGGAUGUAAACUGGUAGGAAGCAAUAGUGUACUAUAUGUUUAAGAUGGGAACAUAAUAAUACAUUCACUACUAUUUCCUUUUUCUGUAUCCAAAAGCAAGAUUAUCCAAGGUGACAAUUAGAAGCAUAGUUAGCAUAAUGCACAUUUUGGGAAAAGAAAACUUACAGCUAUCCUAAUUGUAUCAUGCAAGUAAUAAUUUUGAAACUUUACCUCUCAAAACUUUUGACUUUUCUGUUUUGCUUAAAACCUCCUUUGAUAUAUCUUUAAAAAGAAGUACAUUCAUUCUCUGUUGCAUCAUCUGCAUGUAUAGUGUGGAUAUGAUAAAGAUUUUUUUUUGCUAAAAUCCUACCUAGUGUAUAUUCAGAUGCUAUUACAUUUAUCCAUUGGACACAUUUAUCAAACACAUUUAAUGCAGUCUACAAUUCAUUUAAGCUGACUAAUAUCAAUAGGCCUCCCCGUAAUUUAAGAUUCUAAUUAUAUAUAUAAAAUUGCCAUAUACAAAGAUUUUAAUCAGAUUUUGCAGAAGCAAAUAAAAGAAUCUGACAGCCAUGAGCAUAGUAAAUCUUUUGAAGCCAUUAGAAUUUUUUUGGUGAAAAAAAACAUAUCCUGGAGUUCAUUGAAGCUGAGGAUUCAUUAGGGUCAGAAUGAGAUUGCAUGGAGACAAUUGUCUAAGGGCAGUCAUUAUUUCAAUGUGUAUGUAUGUAUACACACACACACACACAAGCUAUUAAAAUAAACUUAAAUGGUAGCUGUUCUGAAAGAUAAAAUACCAGGGUAUAUUAGGGAGAAAUUAUUGGGUGCAUUUAACAAUGUGAUGAUAUAUAGGGAUUACUUCAUUUUUAAAAGCAUUUUUCCGUAAAAAAAUAUUUUUUAUAUAGGAACAGAUAAACUUUUUCUUCGUUUAUAUAGUAAGUCAAAACCAAUUCUGCAUUUGGAAAAGAUAAAUGUUCCACUCUCCUUUUAAUUUGCUAGACAGACUUGCUUAUCCUCCUCCUGGCAUAAAAAAUAGAUACCUGAACAUCUGUGUAAGUAAUUUAUAUAUGGAUUGUGAUCUUUCAUAAAUUGGCUGGAACAGAAUGAAAGCAUAUAAAUUAAUAAUUAAGUGCUACUAUUCUGAAAAUUUCGUUCUCUGUAUCUUUAAAAAACAAGUACUUUGGUCUAGCAAAGUUUAAGAAUAUAUCGUAUAGAGAGCUGAAAUCCACAAUUUGUAGCUGCAUUGUGAAAUUUCCCUGAAAAUAUGGUAGAAUCAUGAAUUCACUGAUUAUGCAGAAGUCAUUUUUGUAACACUGUUGUCAUGGUAUGUGAUAUCUUUUUGUUUGGAUAAUUUUGAAAAAGUAUCUCAUAAAGCUGGCCGUUUUGGGAUCACAUAAAUGGGUUAACUUGUAUAAAAAUUAUGCAAUAAUGUAAGAUUUAUUUUAAAGACUUAAGUACUGGAAAAGCAACCACCAUAACUCUCUCCACUAUUUUGACACCAUUUGUAAUUAUUGGGUAUGAUUGUAUUUUAGCAGAUAAGCCACCAGCUGAGCGGGCUAUUUGGGGCCGGGGUAGAUAAAUAGCCUUUACAGCUUUUAUAAGUGCUCUAUGAAAGAGGCUAAAUCUCGAUCACUUGUAGUAUCACAGGAUCUAUUGUACUGGUUCUAUAGUAAAUAUAAAAUUUACAUUCUGAGAUUUUUCACCAGCAAUAACACAACAUUUCAGUUCACUUUAUUUAUCCUGUACUGAGUUACUUAGGCAUCUGGCAUUCCAUAUAUACUUUGAAUUAUGUUUUAAUUAUCCCGAGUAUAGAGCAGGUUGGUUCCAAUAUGUGUUUUGCAAGUAACAGCCAAAAUGAACAGGGGAAUAGUACUGAAAAACCAACCCUCAGUUUGUAUAUUACUAAUUUAUUGAGUUAAUAAAUUUAUUGAAUAGUUAGUCUCUGUUAUACACUUGGCCCCUUUGCUGCAUAACAAAAAUUUUGUUGAGUUUAUUGACAGAUUUAACUAAAACAACUGGCAUAGAAAGGGCUAGCUCCAUUAUACUCAUCAUACAUAGAAUUGAUUUCAAGUACAGUUUCCAUAUUUUACAAAAGAAAAAAAAACAUUAUUCAGGCAGUACAAAUAUUGCCUGAGGUGUUCUUCUAAAAGAUAUUCUUGGAAAGGUUUAUGUAUAAAGUAUGUACAUAUAUAAAAUAUAUAUACACAGUAUAUAAUCUAUAGCUCUGAGAGCUUUUAAGUCAGGAAUGCUGAAUAUUAUAGUAUAUUGAGGUCAGAAAAAAUAGUAUGUAUGUGUGCAGAUACAUGCUUAUUGUUUCUUCUCUCUUCCACCCCUCACUCACCCCCCAAAUUUUGAGCUAUAUUAUUCUGGCGCUUAUUGAUAUGUUGUACUGUUGUUUACUUACCCAUUUUCAAUUACUUUAUUUCACUGCAGUUUGUAUUUGUUAUGAUGGUGAAUUAUGAAGUGAUAGCAACUGUUUAAAAUUCCUCUUGUUCCCAAGUUCUUCACUUUGUGCUUUGUCUGUUGGGCAGCUAUUCAUUUAAGACAAAACAAUUGGAAAACAUUUGGGUUAUAUGGAGGGAACAAAAGAGAAAAAUGGUUGCUCAAUAUUUUAUUUGCAUAAUUUUACCCUACACUUGAGUAAUGGAAAGCAUUGUAACAAGAAUUUGAAAGCAUACUUAAGCUCAGAUACGUUUGGUAAUUGCACAGUACCGGUAUGUCUGUUCUGGAAUUUACCGUGUUCUAUAAAACUAAGCAAUUAUAAAAUUGCAUAAUGACAACUAUAUAAUUUUAUAAAAGAGGAGAGCUUUCAUCAUAAUUAUAACUAAGAACUGAAAUACAUGAUCAGCAGAUACAUGUUUUAUUAUAGAUAUGUACCACUUGAGAUGCUUCAGGGAUGAAUGUUUGCUCAUGCACAUUAAAAAAAAAUCUAGCAUGUUAAAUGAGAAAGAUGCUUUCUACUUCUGAUAUCAGUUUUGAUAUGUGGAAAUAUUCUUUUUACACAAAGAUGCAAGUGUUCAUUUUUCCACUUACAGCCUGCAGAGGAGUGGCUCAGUAGCAGAUACAUCUGAGUGUAUUAAUGUAACUUUAAUGUGCUCCUGCUUAUGGUGGGCUUAAUAUCUCUAUGCUUGGAUGUUGUUACUCAAUGGACUCUCAUGAUAAUCCUAAGAGACAGCUGUUUUUUUAGAGGCAUCUGCACAAGGCAAUACCAAAGAUUGAGAUCUCAAGUUAAGGGGAUUCCAAUAAGAAAGGCUAAUAUUUAAUUGUUAGAAUAUUUGAAAGAGAAAGAAAUUCUAGGGAAUGAGCAAUAGAUAUAUAUUUUUAAAAGCACAAUAUUUCCCAGUGCCAAUUGAGAUGAGAUUGUACUAGUUACCACAUGUAGUGUUUAUAACAUUCUUUGGGAUUUCUUAUGUUGUACAAAUCCAUGUUUGCAGAUGUUAUGCCUAUUGAUACAUGUACCUGAGCACCCAAAGAGUUCUGAAUAUUUUGAGAAGCACAGCCACUUUGGGACUGUUAAAUAACAAAAUGGUGCUGAACUUUAGCAAUCUACAGCUUUGUAGUGACAAUUUUCAUUUUGAAUAUAGCAUAAACAUGGUCAAUAAUUAGAAUUGAAUUAUAAAUAUUGCAAUCUCACAUAUUUUUUUUUUAAAAAAAUGCAACUGUAGCCCAAAACAAGUAAUAUAAGUACAAGUAUAUUUUGGUAUUGCAGGUACUGGUUCCUACUAGCCAUUUCAAGCCUUUUAAAAAUUUGUCUCUACAGUUGGGGUUAAUUCAGGAUUGUUAUUAUGAAUAUUAUAGGUUGUUACAAAUCUUUUUGCAUCCACUUGCCCACUUUCUCAGGGUUACUGUAUAUUUUAACAUUGCUACUCUGUAGCAUAGUUAUAUAUAAUUUAUUUCUGCAAUGCUAAAUUAUAAACAAUGUGUCAGCAGUUUAUCUCAGUACUAUGUUUCAGAAUAUAUGGCUGAAAAAAACCUCAAGGAUUUUUGGAAUUGUAGUGCAUUCUCAGUGACAGCAUUUUAACAUAAUUGAGAUGUGUUUACAUGUGAUUUGUUUUAAACCCACAAUGAACCCAGGGCACUUCAACACUCUUAUGUAUCUGUGGAGUCUCCUCACUUGAAUGCCAUCUAUUAAUUGACCUGUUGAUCAUGUAACAAAUAAAAUGUUGGUGCAUGCCUAAGUGUUUCGAAACAAGUAUUUGCUGUACUUACACGGGAGUAUUCUAUCACAUUGUUACCUGAGUCUCAGACUUAGCCAGAUGCAUUACUGACAUUCUGAAAAAUGAGCUUCAAGAAUAAAACAAGCUGGUUGUAAUAACAAAUUCAUAACAAAAACGAAAGGAUAAUUUUGAAAUGCUUUCUAUAAGUUGUACGUUAUCCAAGUGCCACGCCAUUUUUGGGUCAUGGGGUUAUUUGUGAAACAAUAAAUGAAACAUUAGCGCUUUAAUUCCAUUUAAGAUUUUACUAUUCAAGUAUGCUUCAUGCUCUCAUUUGAGAAGCACCAAGGAAAGGGAAAGUUGUGCAACUUCUGAUCAAUUUAUUCUUGUUCUGUUUGGAUCUCAGGUUCACAUGAACGUGAACUUUCUUUAGAAUAUUAUGGGAGGAACAGCUGUGCUAGUUUUAUUUAAUAAAAUUUAUUCUCCCUGUAACUGAUUCUUUAUCCAAAACAAUCAGCAAAAAAACAGGGUACUGAACUUUUUAAAAUGUUUUUAUUGCAAAUUAAAUUACUAGGCAGAGAAAUACAAACUAGAAAUGGAUUAAGUUAAAUUGAGAAUUCCUUAUUAUUUUGAAAUAUCCCAGUUUUAAUUUUGUAAUUUAUCCAGUUGUAUUUUGUUUUUUGUUUUUUUAAUGUACUGGGUUAUACUGCAUUUUAUUAACAUUAUGUACAUACUAACUGCUUUGUGUUUCAGAAGCUAGUAAUUGCUUUGUAUAUUAAAGUGAUAUUUGUGAAUUUGUGAAAUACUGUCAUAAAGUGCUUUUUUCUUACUGUAAAGUUUGUGGUAUAAACUGUCAUAAAACUCUUUUUACACAUCUAUGUGCAGAUACAUAAACCUGCUUUUAAAAUCUU